UACGAAGUGUUUGCUGCGUUGAAUCCUUGCAAGUCAAAAAUCCUAAGGAUUCGAUUCCACCAGGAGGAAGAUUUUGUAGAGCCUUUUCGACUAGAUGCACUGAGUUUUAAAAACCCCUAGAUCAUUAUGACUAUGCCCUAAGUUUUGAAACGGGGAUUUCAGACGAUGGACAAGCGACGCACCGCCGCGGAUUCAAGGCUUGAGAUUUACGGUGAGCUAGGAAUGAAGCGCGAUGAGCGCCUCACUCUCGACUUCGUGGGUCACACGUUCGUGGUUAUGGACACGCACGAGGAGAAGAUCCUGUACGUCCGCGACCGCAUUCGCGAACGCUUCCACAGCUAUGUCAUCUUUUGUAACACCGCUGACUCGGUGGCACUCGUCUCCAGCGCUCUCCUCUCUCCAGCGAAUGACAUGAAAUACAAUCCUUUCGACACUUUUCUUGCCGGUGACGAGUACAAGUUUCCUCGGAGACCGCGAGCGCUGGUUACAAACAGCGAUCUCAGGGACGAGCGGCUGUUUGAUGAUCUCAGAGGGAAUCUGGUGGUAAACUAUGACGUCCCAGACGAUCUAGCGACGUAUUACUACCGUGCUGCAAGAGUUCAUAACCGCUGUUCCUCCAAAGCAGUUGUUAAUCUUGUAUUCAAGGAGGAGCUGCAAAAGCUGAUGCGUUACGAGGAGCUGCUGCGGCUGGAGAUCUUGCCUAGCCGUCUUAUCAAGCUUCACAUCUACUGGGAUGAUCCACCCUUGGAAAAAGGCUCACUUACACAGCUUCAAGUCGCGGCUGGACGAGUGAGCAUGGAUGAGUAUCGCAGGUUUGACGAAACAAGAGGGGAAGAAAGACGUAGGGAGAAGGCUCAGCGGAUGGAGGGAAGGGUCUCCUUGAAGUUGCCAUGGUCUGACAUCGAGAAUCUAAUCGUGCAGCCAAAGGCACGAAGCAAGAAAGUGGACACUAUCGAGCCCCCGAAGCGAGGAAGCAAGAAAAGAAAGGCAGUGGACACUAUCGAGCCGCCAAAGCGUCCUCGUUUGUUGCAUAGUUUUUUGUCAUGGUUUGGACUGUAAAAGAGGAACGUACACCUCACUGUAUAUUUCCAUGAUCCAGGGGAACUUUUAAAAGUUCUUAAUGUGAAAAA